UCGCCAUGGCGACGCGCCGGCCGCAAACCGCAGCCGGGGCGGGCGGCUGAGCCCACCGGCGCCGUGAGGGAGCGGGGCGGCCGCAGAGGUGGUGGGAGCCGGGUCCCCGCGGCGGGAAGGAGCGGCCCGGCCCCUCAGCCAUGCCGCUCUUCGGGAACAUCUUCAGCCCGAAGAAGACUCCCCCCAGGAAAUGCGCCUCUCUCUCCAACCUGCACUUGCUGGACAGAUCAACCCGUGAGGCUGAGCUGGGCCUGGAGUACGGGCUCCCCACCAUGAACCUGGCUGGUCAGAGCCUGAAGUUUGAAAACGGCCAGUGGGUGGCAGAAUCAGGAAACUUCACGGGGGAUCGCAGGGAAAUGCAGCGCUUGCGCAAACGCAACCAGCAGCUGGAGGAAGAGAACAACCUCCUUCGGCUGAAGGUGGACAUUCUGCUGGACAUGCUCUCCGAGACCACAGCUGAAUCCCACCUGAUGGAGAAGGAGCUGGAGAAGCUGAAGCACCACCAGAGGAGGAAGUGAAGAGCAAGAGGAGAAUGGAGGACAGGGCCAGGCGGCUCUGAGCUUGGGCCAGGCCAGGCCAGGGCCUCCUGGCUGUGAUGGUACUUUGCAUAGGUACUUUCUUCCCUGGGACCUUGAGUGACAAGGUGCCUCCAGCACCGCGUGGUGCUGCCGGUACGACACAACGGCUGGCUCGGCAUAACGCUGUUCAUUAAUGCUCAUGUCGUUUCUCAGAGCACCUUGCCUUGCCACGUUCCCUCCCCACAGCCCAGCGGCUGGUCCCCUCUUUCCUGAGGCAGCCUGGCUGCCGGUGGUAGAGAUUUGCCUGCAGGGGGGACCUGGGGAGACCCCCCACAACCCCCCUUCCCGAGAUCUGUGCCUGCAGGAGAGCCUGGGGGCUUGUACAGUGUCACCGCUUGCCUUUGGCCAGUAGGAUGCUGGCGUUGCUUGUUCUCAAGGGUUUUUCAGCCGUUCGAUAAAGAUGUGCAUUUCAAA